UUUCGGAUUUUCCAGCGUCAUAAACAAAGCACGCGCGUUAAUUAAAAUAAAAUAAAUUACGAUUUAGCAUAAUGCAGCUAGUUUACUUAAGCGCAAUUAUAUAUUUGGCUACACUACUGCCACACUCCAUGCUCGAUCAUUUGGAUAGCACAACUAUAAGCAAUUUAGUGCUGAAAAGCGAUUUAAUUGAAGACACUGACGAUGAGUACAUCGAUUAUGUGGACGAGAAUGAAAUAAACAAACAAAGCAGACAGCGCAAUCAAAGCAGCAUCAAUGCUAUUGGCACCUUCUACACAUGGGAUCGCUGGGAGAAGUGGAGCAAGUGUUCCACAAACUGUGUGCAGAUUAAAAAACGCAAGUGCCUGGAGCGCAGCACCAAGACUGUAUUAAAUGAAACUGCUGUGGAGCGUCGCUUUUAUCCUGUAAUUGGAGCUGGCAAGCCCGGCUGCUUUGGCAUACUAAAGCGCUACCGCCAAUGCAAGGGGGAACGCUGCCGGGCGGCCAAUCAACACUUGCGUGACGAGCAAUGCGAAAGAUUCAACAGCGUGCCAUAUCGUGAUAUGUUCUAUAACUGGGUCGGAUAUGAGAAAGAGCACGACGAGUGCAUGUUGUUCUGUCGUCCCGUCAACUCUGAUUUAGUUAUACGUAUGAAUCAAUCUGUCACCGAUGGUACGCCCUGCAAUCGUCCGGCCGUAUACUAUACGCAGUACUACAGACGUCAGGCGGUGUGUGUGGAGGGAAUUUGUCGGGCAGUGCACAGCAGCGGCUUGAUCCGUCCUGUGACCACACGCGAUAGUCGACUGAAGUGCGGCUCGGUAUUAUGCAAACUGAUAACUGGCAUAUAUUAUGUGACUAAUCGCACCAAGAACUAUGAGCCCAUAAUCACAUUGCCAGUGGGUGCUAUGAAUAUAUCAAUUGGACAGCGCUUAAAGAGCAACAAUUCAUUCGCUUUAAAGUCUGGUGAGGAUGUGUUUCUUAUAAGUGGCGAUCGCACUAAGCUUACAACCGAUGGUUUCUUUAAGUUUAAUAAUGAUAGCUUUGAGUUUAAUGAAACUACGGGUUGGUUGGGCUCCAGGGGACCUCUAUACAAGGCUGUAGCUAUAAUGUACUUUCUAGUGGACAAUAGCACUCGCUCGAAUGCUAUACAAUACAACUAUACGUUACCCGUUUCCUCAGCUGCAGUUAGAGAGGAUGAGGAGCUACAAGCUAUAUGGAAUACGGCGGGCAAGCGUUUGAAUGCUACAGAUUAUGCGCUGCAUUUGAAGGAGCGCAAGCGUCGUCGCUUCACUUGGAAACUGCUGGGCUUUGGUGCCUGCAAUCGCUCCUGUGGUCCUGGCACUCAAACUCCCAUAUUUCGUUGUGUUUGCGCUAGAGAGUCCUCCAGCCACUUCUAUUCGCCACGUCGCUGUGCGGGCGUGGAGAAGCCCACCUUUAGCGAUGACAUAUACAAUUGCAAUCGUGGUCUGUGCAACGCUUUCUGGCGUCCCAGCAGCUUUAGCGAGUGUCAGUGUGAGCUGGGCAAGCUUUUGGGGCAGCGCACGCGACGCUUUGAGUGCAUGCAGGAGCAAAUCAAAGGCAAUGUCAUAGAAGUAGCUGCGAGUCUGUGUCCUUUGAGAGAGCAAGUGCCUGAGAGCUGCCAUUGUGCCAUACAAAAAGUUUAAUAUUUUACACUUUCACAUUUUUCUUUAUAUAGCGCACAAGCUAUUUAUCUUUUCUUUCUUUGAAUUGCCUACUGCCAAGAAGUCAAAGAAAAAGGUCAAUUCAGACGAUUAUCCAUUUAAAAUCUAUGACUCUAAUGAUGCCACAAGUCUCGAGUUAGUGUUGGGGCAAAGACUUUUGUUUUUUUUUU